AUGAUGCCAGCUCAGGAAAGGAUAGCCAGGUACCUGAAGGUUCUAAUGGAGAACAUGAAGAUCAUUCUGGGAAGCAAUGGGCCCGGCCCAGGUUCACGCAGCCUGCCAAGAUGAGACGGAGAGUGAUCGCUCGUCCUGUCGGCAGCUCCAUCCGCCUGAAGUGCGUGGCCAGUGGGAACCCGAGACCUGACAUCAUGUGGCUGAAGGACAAUAAGCCACUCACAGCCCAAGAGAUUGGGGAGAAUAAGAAGAAGAAGUGGACAUUGAACCUGAAGAACCUGAAGCCAGAGGAUAGCGGGAAAUAUACCUGCCGAGUGUUUAACAAAGUUGGAGAAAUCAAUGCAACAUACAAAGUUGAAGUAAUCCAGAGGACGAGGUCCAAACCCAUCCUGACAGGGACACACCCUGUUAACACAACAGUAGACUACGGUGGGACCACAUCCUUCCAGUGCAAAGUCCGCAGCGAUGUCAAACCCGUCAUCCAGUGGCUGAAAAGGGUGGAGUAUGGCACAGAGAGCAAGUACAACUCAACCAUCGAUGUUGGGGGUCAGAAGUUCGUUGUGCUGCCCACGGGGGAGGUCUGGUCACGUCCAGAUGGUUCCUACCUGAACAAACUGAUGAUUACUCGAGCCAAGGAAGAGGAUGCAGGGAUGUAUAUUUGCCUCGGGGCAAACACCAUGGGCUACAGCUUUCGCAGUGCUUUCCUCACAGUCCUGCCAGAUCCCAAGCCUCCGAGUGCACCUGUGCCCCCUUCAUCAGCCAGCAGCCUGCCCUGGCCUGUGAUCAUCGGCAUCCCUGCUGGAGCUGUCUUCAUCUUUGGGACAAUCCUCUUGUGGCUUUGCCAGACCAAGAAGAAACCCUGCUCCCCUCCAGCUGCUGCCCCCGUGCACCGGCCACAGCCCCGGGACAGGAUCUGUGUCUCCCAGGUGCCUGACAAAGACUGCAUCUCCUCCUCCUCAAUAAAUUAUGAGGAAUAUGUCGCCCAGCAGCAGCAUUUACUGUCCCAAGGGCCUGCACUCGCCCCAGCCAUGGCAUCCAAAAUGUACCCAAAGAUUUACACGGACAUCCACACCCACACCCACUCGCACGUGGAAGGCAAAGUCCAUCAGCACCAACACAUUCAGUACCAGUGCUAA